UGUAGAUGGCGCCUAAAUCUAUAAAUAAGGACUCGUGACGAUGUUUACAAAGUAGAAGCUAAAAAUUGUUGAAAGAUAAAGAAGUAUGAAACUGUUGGUAUUUUUCGGGCUUUUGCCCGUCGUUUUCUGUGCUGGUGGAUUGAUGGGAGGAAAGUCGAACGUACCUAAUCCCGAAAAGGAUGACCAAAUUAUGGCUGCGACAAACUUUGCUUUAGGAGAACUAAAUGGUUUAUUGAACUCGGAUGCAAAGAUGACAAAUGUCAAGAUUGUGUCAGCACAAACUCAGGUUGUUGCUGGUAUCAACUAUUAUUUGACUAUCAGGGUACAAUAUGGUGCAGAUGUUAAAGAAUGUGAUGUUGUUGUCUUUGUUCAGUCAUGGACCAACACCAACAAAAUGACAUCCCAAAAUUGUAUAGAUCUGAAAGCAACAAAACGCUCUCUUUUGGGAGGUAUUGUUCCAGCCGAUAUGGAUGCUGAUACUAAGAAAGCCAUUUCUUUUGGUAUUGAAAGCUUCAAUCAAAGAUCUAAUUCAAUGUUCAGAUCUCAACCCCUUAAAAUCUCAAACGUAUCAAAACAGCUUGUAGCAGGUAAUCUCUAUAAAUUUGAUGCUGAUAUGCAAGAAACUCAAUGCAGAAAUAGUCAAGAUAAUAUGAACAAAGGAUUUACUGACUGUCAACCAAAUGUCAACGGAUUGAGGAAUGUUUGUAAAUUCACUGUUUUACAACAAGUCUGGGAAACUCCCCAAUGGAAAUUAACAGACUUCAGCUGUAAUCAGGGAGGUCUAUUAGGAGGAGACAGCCAUGAUUUAUGUCACCUUGCUCAUUUCACCAAGUUUAAAACAGACUUCAAUAAAAACUACGAAACUACUCAAGAGGAAAAGAAACGUUUCAAGGUUUUCUGUGAUAACAUGAAAACAGCCAGAAAAAUACAGGAUGUUGAAAGAGGAACAGCUAAAUAUGGUCCUACAAUAUUCGCUGAUAUGACAGCGGAAGAAUUUGGUCUGAGAUUGAAUCCUAAACCCUGGAAUUUGAAUGUUCGGCCCGACAAUAUGUUAGAUGCCGAUAUACCCCAGGGUCCAGUACCUACAAGCUUUGAUUGGAGAGAUCACGGUGCCGUUACUGCUGUUAAAAAUCAGGGUAGUUGUGGGUCAUGUUGGGCAUUUUCUACAACUGGUAAUAUCGAAGGACAAUGGGCUAUCAGAAGACAAAAGUUACUGUCUCUAUCAGAACAAGAAUUGGUUGAUUGUGAUAAAGUAGAUCAAGGAUGUAAUGGAGGUUUACCAUCUCAGGCUUAUGAAGCUAUAAUGAAAUUAGGUGGUCUAGAAACUGAGAAAGAAUAUGGUUAUAAAGGAUAUAAUGAGAAGUCAUGUUACUUUAAUAAAACUGAAGUAGCUGCUAAAAUCAGUGGUUCUGUAAAAAUAUCACAAAAUGAAGUUGAAAUUGCUGCAUGGUUAGCUAAGAAUGGUCCAAUCUCUAUUGGUAUCAAUGCUUUUGCUAUGCAGUUCUAUAUGGGUGGAAUUUCACAUCCAUGGAAGAUUUUCUGUAAUCCAACCAAAUUAGACCAUGGUGUUCUUAUUGUUGGUUAUGGUGUUGAGGGGAGUGAACCAUACUGGAUAAUCAAGAACAGUUGGGGUCCUUCUUGGGGAGAGAAGGGUUAUUAUCGUGUGUAUAGAGGAGCUGGAGUUUGUGGUCUGAAUACAAUGUGUACAUCAGCUGUAAUUUAACCUUUUAUUCAGUAUAUCAAUCCGAGUGACUGGAACACUUAAAUAACAUAUUGUUUUCUAUUUAUACAUUCCUAAAUAUUACAACUUUAAAUCAGAUGAUACAAUCAAAACUCUCUCUAAUAUUGAAUUUCAAUAUCCGAUAUCAUCUGUCCCAAUACAUUUUAACAAAUUAUAUAUAGGGCGUUUUUACGAGAUAACGAUUUGUUCUUUCGUUAAAAUGUCCAUUGAAUUUUGUUUAGAAACCAAUAUUGCUUAUACCAUUGUUGGAAAACCAAAAACAAAUGUUGAAGUGUCUUGGUCACCCUAUAUUUUUUGUAUAAAGUUUAACGAGGAGAUUAAAUUUCUGUUCUUUUUUUUAUGUAUUCAUUAUUUACCCAGUAUUCUAUAUAUUUUGUUUUAUAAGCCAACUAUUGUAUUAUAUUUAUCUUUAAAUUAAAAUGUCAUAUAAAAUUUUCAAAGUUGGUAUGAAAUACAAGGCUGUGAUUACUACUUAUACAAAACUUCUGUAGAUAUUUAGAAAAUUUGUUACAUCAUUUACCACAAACACUGGUGUUUCACUACCUAGCUCACACUGUCGGUCGCCAAUGUCGCCAAAAAAUUAAAAUGGCAAUUAAAAUUUGAUUUUGGCGAUAACGCUUUGGGAUACUUGGAGGCAAAACAAUCUAAGCUCCAUACCUAUGUUUAUUAUAAAUGUAAGAUCUUUUGGCCACCAACAUUUUAACCUUGGUCCUAACAAGUCAGCUCCUAAUUGCACCAGUAAGCAUCUAUUUAAUGUAUGUGGCCUUAACCUUGGUGGCCAACACAGUGAUAUACCAUAUAGGGCUUCACUAUGUGGUGACUACAACUAUAUCAUAGUGAGACCUUAUUAUAUAUUCUACACAGGAGAGAUACUUGAUUGUGGAUUGACGAAUAUGCAGUCGAAUUAGACUCAGUUUAGUUCUGUAACAGUUCUGUCGGGCCCCUAUAUAUGAUGUGAAGGGAUAAGACUCAUGACAAAAUCAAUAACAGCGAACAUUUUAGCUGUCAUGAUUGAUCGAGGUAUUUCUAAUUCACUCAGUGCAUAUUUCGUGGCCCCUAAUCAUGUUGUUCACUCUAUUAGACAUGUACCUCUACAGACUUCAUUUUAACACUGUUACAAGUCUAGUUCUGAACAGUAAACUACAUGUAUUAUUUAGUGAGAUACCAGUGUAUAAUAAUUGUAUAGGUUUUGAAAACAUAAAUAUUUUCAGUAUAUUAUAUUCCUCAGUAAAAUUAACUAAAUAUUCAGCUGAUUUGAGAAACCUACCAUAUAGAUAUAUAUUGUAAUAUUUAAUGUAAAUUUUCUAUUUCAUUAUUAUAUAUUAAGCAUGUUAAUAAGAUAAAUACCGUCUUUGAAUAACGUUUUCUACUGAAACGGCAACCAAAUUCACAAAAAAUUGCCAUUAUUAUAAGCACAUUGUCAUUGAAUGAAUUUUUGUGAAGCACGAAAUAAAAUAGUCACAAGUUUUAUUGAGUAAUAUCAACACACAAGGCUCCAGGAGAUGCAACAAUAAAAUGUAAACUGUUAAAAUUGUUCUAGAGAAUGAACUGCACUCUGUAGAGUUGGAUUGCUUAUUUAGACGAAUACAUUAAAUUAUUUUUGUACGUUUUUGUAUAUUCACGAAGGUUAACAAGUGCUAUGAUACCAAUUUUGAUUAAAUGUCCAUCUAUUGCAAAACCUUCCGUAAAAACUAGAUCUGCUUCUUCUUAAUAAAAUAGUUUAAUAUCAAAA